AUGGAGCGUAAAAUAAACAGAAGAGAAAAAGAAAAGGAGUAUGAAGGGAAACACAACAGCUUGGAAGACGCUGACCAAGGAAAGAACUGCAAAUCCACACUGAUGACCCUCAACGUUGGUGGAUAUUUAUACAUUACUCAAAAACAAACACUGACCAAGUACCCAGACACUUUCCUUGAAGGUAUAGUAAAUGGAAAAAUCCUCUGCCCGUUUGAUGCUGAUGGGCAUUAUUUCAUAGACAGGGAUGGACUCCUCUUCAGGCAUGUCCUGAACUUCCUACGAAAUGGAGAACUUCUACUGCCCGAAGGCUUUCGAGAAAAUCAACUUCUUGCACAAGAAGCAGAAUUCUUUCAGCUCAAGGGACUGGCGGAGGAAGUGAAAGCCAGGUGGGAAAAAGAACAGCUAACACCCAGAGAGACUACUUUCUUGGAAAUAACAGAUAACCAUGAUCGCUCCCAAGGACUGAGAAUUUUCUGUAAUGCUCCUGAUUUCAUAUCAAAAAUAAAAUCUCGCAUUGUUCUGGUGUCCAAAAGCAGGCUGGAUGGAUUUCCAGAGGAGUUUUCAAUAUCAUCAAACAUCAUUCAAUUUAAAUACUUCAUAAAAUCUGAAAAUGGCACUCGACUUGUACUAAAGGAAGACAACACCUUUGUCUGUACCCUGGAAACUCUUAAGUUUGAAGCUAUAAUGAUGGCUUUAAAGUGUGGCUUUAGACUGCUGACCAGCCUGGAUUGUUCCAAAGGGUCAAUUGUUCACAGCGAUGCACUUCAUUUUAUCAAGUAA